AUGGUGAGAGGACUCGGUAGCCAGAGAAAGGAAGCAAGCAAGAAUAAAAUGGGUGAGCAAGCAUGAAAUAGAAAAGAAGAAAUGGGCAAGUCUUUGUGUCUGAAGAAAGACAGAAAGGAUACAUUAUUUGGGCGGGAGACGACAACUAGGAUAAACCGUAACAGGUAGAUGGUGACUUCAGGAACAUUAAAAUAGAGAGAAACUUAUUGCCACACAAUAAAAACCCAACGACAGCUCUCUGUCGACACCUUUUUGGGGGGGGAGGCUGUGCCACCUUGUCUUCCUAAUGUAUCUUUUUCUUCAAUCCGUACACUCUGAUGUUAAUCUUCUCAGAGCCAAUCAAGAAAACAUCACAAUUCCACUUCAUACUUUCUUGUCUGCUUGCAUUUGUUAUGUUAGGCAAGAUUCUUCUUCUGGGAAAGAAAAUUCUACUGUUGGAGACAUCUCUUAUAUUGGCCAUGAGUUUAGCAUAGUAUUUGAAGUAACUUUUUGGAGCAGGUUUGGUUGACCAUCAAAUGUGUCCUUAAGUGGACGGUCUGCCUUUGUAAAGUAGUAAUGAGUAAAUUUCUCCUCUUUAAUAGUCGACCUGGGUGCUUCUGCAUGUACCCCCAUGCUACGUUUGCGUGGCUCAAAUACUUUGUGAUUCCACUUUAGACUCAUCGAAAAGUCGAGACCCCCAGUUUGCCCAGAACUUUCUUCACAUCCUUUGUGCUGGAAUCCAAGUGUCAACUUGAGGUGGGUUUUGCAUUCAUUAAUGAAUAUUUACAAAAGUUCACAGGUAGAUUAAAUGUUUAUAUGCCAGUGAUAAGCACAUAGCCCUGUCACACAACUGGUAAAAAACAUGAGAUAAAUGAUAACCUCUGAAUUGAUAGAGAAUGUACACGUACACAAAAUAAUCUUUAACAUACAAAUGAAGACUGCAUAGUUAUCGCUGUCAUUUUUCAGACACUUUAUACUUAAUUGAACAAAUAAAGUAGUUUUGUCUUUGAAUGUCCUUUAAACCCAAAAGAUAAUAUCACAUAGCAGGUAAUCCAGACACGGAUCGGCUUCAUGUUUAUUGCAUUUUAAAUACCAUCCACAGUUUUAAAAAAAUAAAUAAAAAUAAGGAGGGGUGGCCCUCCAUUCAUAGUUCGCAACACAAAAUAUGUACAGAAAAAAUGACCAGGAGUCUUACAUCAUAUCAUCGCCAGAUAUGGUGGCGGUGUUUUGGGGGUUUAAUUUUUUUAUAAUUAUUAACACUUGUUUCUGUAUGUAGUUUGUAGCGAUUACCACUCCUUUAUGAAAAAGGCACCCACUACUAAAUGCCAAUUUUGUUAAUUGACUUUAGGUAAUGGUUGCUGGAAUCACUGGGAGCCAUUUUACUUUCAGAAAUUAAACCGCUUUCAAAUAGUUUAAUCGUGAAGUUGUCCGUCCAUGCACCUAUUCUCUUUUCUUCCCUGGCGGACGUAGAGUGUUAUGUAUUGUCACUCACAAUGCACAGCCAGUGAUAGGAUGUCUGUUACAUCCUUUCUGUACUGUGGAGUGCUGGGGGGAGAUAACUAAGGGUUAAAGUAUUUAGCCCCUUAAAGGGACACUAUCGUCACUAAAACAUCUUAAUGAAGCAGUUUUUGUGUAUAGAUCAUGCUUCUAAAUGGCAGAGAAUUGAGUAGUGAGACUUCAGGAGUUAAACCACUUUAGUUUAUCAAUGCAGCCCUAGCCACACCUUCCCUGGCUGUGACUGACGCAGCUUCCAUGAAAACAAAAACUUUCAAAGUAAGUUACAUCUGAUUGGAAAUUAAACCAUUUUUUCUCCUGUUCUGCAAAUUGAACUUUAAUUACAUACAGGAGCAAGCUAUUAAAAGUUCAGGAUAUACAUUCUAGAUUAAACAGAAUUUGCAAUUAAUGAAGUGUGUAAACAUUAGAUGACUCUGUACCGGAAGUGUUUAGGAAGGCUGUGUAAGUCGCAUGCAGGGAGGUGUGACUAGGGCUGUAUAAACAAAGGGAUUUAACUCCGAAAUGGCAGAGAAUUGAGCAGUGAGACUGCAGGGGCAUGAUUUAUAUACCAAACUGCUUCAUUAAAGGACCAAUAUAGGCACCCAGACCACUACAACUCUAUAAAGCAGUGUGGGUGCCAGGUCCCCCUAGUUUUAAUCCUGCAGCUGAAAACAUAGCAGUUUUAGAGACACUGCAGGGUUAAUCCAGCCUCUACUGGCUGUCUCCCUGACAAGCACUAGAGACCGCUUCCACGAUUUACACUGAGUAAAUCGAUCGCACUUCUUUGACACUGGACGUCUUCACGAGUCCAGCGUCAAAUAAGAUCCCCAUAGGAAAGCAAUGAGUAAUGCUUUCCUAUGGGCAGGUUUGAAUGCGCAUGCCUCUGGCCGUGCAUGUGCAUUCGGCUCCACCGAUGUCGGCAGGGGAGGAGACAUUACCAGUGCCAAGGGAGCCGGCUGCUGGAUUGUUAAGUUUUAACCCCUUCAGCGCUGAGUGAGGGUGUCUCUCCAAGAGCCUAUAGUGACAGGAAAACUAUAUUUUUUUUCCUGGCACUAUAGGAUCUCUUGAAGCUAAAGUUGUUUUAGUGACUAUAGUGUCCCUUUAAGGUAAAACUGUGCCCAAGAACUUCUGCCACUCCUGAUGGGGGAGCUUUCAUUUAACCAACAAUUAAUUUCAUUGCACCUGCCAAGGGGGAACAAUGGAGAUAUUACAAAUUCACUAUGCAAGCACAGUAUGUGUUCCAAUGGAAACACAUUAUUUAAUCAAUCUAUGUAUUAUGCUGAUGAGCUGAAACAUUUAAAGAUAUGGCAGAUGUGGUUUGAUAGAUAUUGGACUGACCCUACACUUGAAAAGCUGAAGCGGUUUCUGCACUCCUGGUUACGAACACGUUGCUAAAGAUUUAGAAUGUGAUUUUGUUCAGCGAAUACAAUUGAGCUUUCACUUUUUUCAUAUGGAUGCUGAAUGUUUUUAUAGCAACUCCAUAUAAAUAAAAUAUAGAAUUAUGGUUAGAAUGGACACCUGGCAUGCUGUUUGCAUGUGGAUUUGGAAAUGCCCCAAAGGCACAGAAACUCCAGGAAUCACUUCACAACCAAAAAAUGGAGGACACAAACAAAAAAGGGACAGGCCAUAUAAGCAGGGGGCAUGGCACAAGGGAAUAAUUGUUUUCAUGGCUGUAAAUCAACGGCUUUGGCUAAAUGUUUAAGUGGUUUAAACUAAUAUUGCAAAGUGCUGUAGAAUACGUUGGCUCUAUAGAAAUGUAAAACUAAAAGUAUAGAUUAGCACUGCCACUAAUGAGAAUAUACAAUUUGUGUCAUUUACUCUUGAUUCAUCCAUGGUGGAUGAAAAUAGACUAUACUGUAAUGAUACUACUUACAAUAGUACAUAUAAGUUUAAUUUUAUCCCUACUUGGGUGAGGGUUGCAUAUAUAUAUAUAUAUAUAUAUAUAUAUAUAUAUAUAUAUUUGUUUUAUAUAUACUUUUUGAGACCAUAGAUAUUUAUUGAUCAGUCCUACCAGCAUGAAAAGGAAAUCAAGAAAUGGUAGGGGGUUAGUUUGGGCUGUCCCCUUCCUCCACGCAAAGAAAGGAGGGGGGGAGAGAGAGAGGGGGAGAGGAUGUUCCGUUUUAAGCUGAAUAAGCUUAAACAAUCACUCUAAUACCAAUAUAGUCUAACACAGGGGUAGGCAUCCUCUAACACUCCAGAGGACUACAUCUCCCCUGAUGCAUUGCCAGCAUUAUAUGAAAUGCGGAAGGUUGCCUACACAAAAUCUAGAUGUAACAGGCACAAAAUAUCUGGAUAUAAAGAACAUUUAAAGUCGUUCUACUGUAAAAUUAACUGAUUUACUUUCCAAAAUCCAGGCUGAAGUGCAAUAAGGGUGAGAAAACAUAACCCAAACUACAGGACCCCAGUCAAGGAGCAAGCAGCCAGAAUCAUAAAUGCUAUAUUUGGCUGGAGACACAGAAAACCUGCAGCAUUACAUCUAUAUAUUGCGAGCAAUACAAUGGAAAAUAAAGGGAAUGCACUAAAUGUGUUUAUAGAUCACAUUAUUAUAUGGGCUGAGUUAACCAAUUUUAAAAUUAUUCAAAAAUUUCAACUCAAUUCCGAAUCUACAAACAUCGACCUUACCUGUACAAGUAAAACUGUUUGGUAUCGAUUAGUUUGACAAUCAAAAGGGAUGAUCUGCAAAUGAACAUGCUCACAUAAAUAUUUUCCCAAGUCUAGUAGUCACGUCAGUCUGGACUGGGAAACUUGGUAUUCUGCUAAUGCUAAUUAAAAUAGACUUUUGCAAAAGUCUAUGUUUUGCCUGAAAUCAACCAUAAGAGGUGGUCUUCAUUACAACAGAAAACAAUGCCGAUAAAACUUAACACAAUACUUCAUUUGAACUUGUUAAAAUAAAAUUCUGUCUAUGCAGGACCAACGAUAUGCUGUGCAGUUACUGAAAUCAGACCUUUACAGCUCUCACACAAGCAUGGAAUGA